AUGGCUCCUAGAGUCAGUGACGCAAGAGAAGACAGCAGCUGCAAUUCCAAGACCCGACCAAAGGAUCCCGCCCUAGUCCAGAAGAGCUACCAAUGCCCGGUGUGCGGAAAAAGCUUCCAGCGGAGCCCCAACCUUCUCACUCACCAAAGAAUCCACACCGGCGAGAGGCCGUACCAGUGCCCACAGUGUGGGAGAUGCUUCAGUCAGCAGUCAAGCCUCACUAUCCACCGUAGGAUCCACACUGGGGAGCUGCCCUAUCCCUGCCCGCAGUGUGGGAAACGCUUCCGCCAGAGCUCCAACCUCCUGAAACAUAAACAGCUGCACGCAGGCAUGAGGCCUCACCUGUGUUCGGAAUGCGGGAAGCGUUUUGCUCAGCGCUCCAACCUCCUCACCCACCAGCGAGUCCACACGGGAGAGAUGCCUUUCCUUUGUUCCGAAUGCGGGGAAACGUUCAGGCAGCACAGGAGCCUCAUUCUCCACCAGAGGGUCCACAAGGAAGAUGGAUCUUGGGGCUACGAUUGCCCCGAGUGUGGGAAAACCUUCUCUCAGAGUUCAGACCUGGUGAAGCACCUGAGAGUCCACACAGGGGAGAUGCCGUACAGCUGCCUGUACUGCGGGAGGAAGUUCCGCUACGUUUCCAACCUGAACAGGCACAGAAGGACCCACACUGGGGAGAAGCCCCACGCUUGCCGCCAGUGCGGAGAACGCUUCAGCCACUUAUCCAGCCGGAAUAUGCACGAGAAGGUCCACACGGGUGAGAAGCCUUAUGGUUGCGCAGAAUGUGGGAAAAGAUUCAUCUCCAGCUCCAAGCUCCUAAGGCACCUGAAGAUCCACUCCAGGGAGAUGUCCUAUAUCUGCAGCGAGUGUGGAAAAAACUUCCUUUGCCACCCGAACCUCAAACAGCACCAACGAGUCCACAGGCCCCGCAACUCCCGCUUAAAAGGAAAGCCAAGUCGAUGA